CAGAAAACCUCCAACAGGAAAUCGGACUGCGCUCUUCCACCAAACCCUAUAAUUUAUAACAUAACUUCAGAGACCAUCUAAAAUGAAGAAAACCUCCAACAAGCAAUCAGACUGCCCUCUUCCACCAAACCCUAUACUAAUUCAUAACAUCACUUCAGAAAACUUCAAAAAUAAAGAAAAUACACCACCAAAGAAAGGGCAAUACUUGGGGAGAAAGACUACAGGAGCCAAAAGGCAUGUAGCAUACAGGGUGGGGUGGGGGCAGAAACAUCAGGUCAGAAAGAUACCAGGCUGGAAGAUCAAAGGAAAAGAGCUGUGCAUCCAGAGCAGCAGAAUCUACCAGCCAGAGGGAGGCCACACUGGAAGACCAAAAAAGACCAAAAAGGACAAGAGCUACAGCAUCCACAGCAGCAGAUGUACCAGAGCAGAGGGAGGCCAGACUGGAACCUAGAUAUGAGGGUGAGAGCAGCUGCAUCCAGAGUAGCCGAAGAACAGGAACAGAGGGAGGUCAGUCUAUGACAGGUGAAGGCAAGAGUUUCAGGAGCCAGAACUCGAAGGUAUUUCACAGCUUUGAGAAAAGCAGCAUUUGAAUACAGGUCAGAUGUCAUCUGUCACGAUCUGUCAUGAGCACCCUCAGGUUUCCAUUGGAACGAUGGAUGUUGUUUGUCAACAAUGCAACACUCGAAUGGAAAGAAGCAGCUCCGGAACAUUAAUGCAAUAAUGGAAAGGUCAGUCCGCUCGAUCCACUGCAAUCGCUCAUGCCAAUAGAUAUGGUCAGUUCUUGGCUUUUCCUCGAUAAACAUCCAAAAGUACAACCAUUUCCAAAGUACAUCAUUUAGUGCAAAGGAUUCAUGAGCCAGGUUAAAUGCCCACCUUCAGUGUUCAAGUUCAGGUGUACCAUGCCUUCAGAUCUUUGCUGCUUUUGCCAGGAGCAGAACCCAAGUUUCUUUAGAGCCACUUCACUGGUUAUGCAGGUGUGGAGGUCUUAAGGAAGGCAUCGUUCUAGAACUCCAGAAAUUCCUUCAUAGGCAACAUGACUGUAUCACCAUCUUCAAAACAGUUUUGGAGCUGCCCAUAGAGAACCACAAGAUCAGGAUCAGGCCAGAAAAGAAGGCUGAAGGUGAGCACGAAAAUUGUUUCAAUGUCUCCGCCUCUAAUAGAGGGCCUGUGGUGAUGGUCGACAAUGACUUUUAGCCCUUUAACAUCAUCCUUCACUAGAGGAAUCAGACAGUUCAGAGGGUGACUGACACCCACAGGUCCUAUGACUCCCUGCAGUAUCCUCUGAUCUUCUGUCAAGGUGAGGGCGGCUACUACUACUACAUUCCCCACACCAAUCUGGAAACUGGUGGAGGAAAAAAUUGUCGUUACAAAACUUCAUUGCUUACAGAAUAAUGUUACAAGCCAGGAACGAGAACCACCUUUUGAAGUACAGGAUGUUGUUUCACCAGUAUGUUGUGGAUGUAUGUCAAAAUUGCAAGGUAGAGGUUUCGCUACAUUUGAACCCCCAGCAGGAGUAGUGAACCACCGACUACAUCCACCUCCAAGAGGCCAUUGCCAGAGACGCUAACCCAGGGGAGUUGGGGAAAAGGGAUAAUCUUAUCCUCAAGGGUCAUCAGAGGUCCCAGGCACAUGAAGAGUGCACCCAAGGUGCGAUGACUUUUGAGGAAAUACAGACACUCAGACCUCUCAUCAUCUUAACUUUCAACCUUAACUGGUGUAAUUCAAAAGCAGCUGAUUUCUUGGCUGGCUGUCACCUUCCCUCAGCCAUGACCUCAUUGCUAGGCUUUUCAAAUGGAAAUUGACCAAGAUGGUUAAUGUCAAAUCCAAAGCAUACAUCAUCUGAGAAACCCAGUGCUGUAUGUAUACCAUCAGGUGGCAAAAGUGCAGCCUUCCCCACCCUCUCAUGCCUUUCCAGAACAGCAAGUCCAUCAUCAUCGACAAAGUGAUUAGUGCAGAGAUUUUAGAUCCACAAGAAGAUCCCCUACAUAAAGCUGUCGUCACCAAGAACAUGAUCCAGGGUUCCUGCAGCAACCUCGACUUAAAUUCAACAUGCAGGGUCGACAGGAACUGUUUCAAGUUUUCAAAGGAAACUCGUCAGCAAAACUGAAACGAUAAUACAUUACUUACUGUACCAGAGGCAAAAACCAGGAGUGGCAGGUCUACUCUGCCACAAAUACUUGCAGGUCAAGGUGGACAACAGAUAGGUUGUGCUGUACAAUUUGCUCCUCUCAAAGAUGUUCCAAGCCCACAUCAGCGUCGAGUGGUGCAAUUCAGUGAAGUCUAAGUAAAUCUGCAAGUACAUCAACAAGGGAAGCGACCAAGCCACGUUUGAGCCAAGAUAAACCAGCCCAUCCAGACGCCACUUCAACGUAGAGUGGUGCAAUUCAGUGAAGUCUUGAGUAAAUCUGUAAGUACAUCAACAAGGGAAGCGACCAAGACAUGUUUGAUAUGAGAUAAACCAGCCCAUCCAGGACGAAGUGCAGGCCUUCCAACUCGGCAGGUACAUCUGCAGUAGUGAAGCCAUCUGGAGAAUUUUGGGCUUCCAGGUUCACAACAGGUACCCGACUGUGCCGAAGCUCAGUGUUCACAUGAAAAAUGGUCAGUCUACUUCAAGCUGGAGGAAAUGCAGGUCCCACCAAAGACUGCCUUGAUGGCCUUCUUUGAGGUAGGUCAGAAAGACCACUUCAAGUACUACUCACCUGGGAUUCUGGCACCAAAAGUUCAGGAGGUGGAAGCAAGCAAAGGACAUCAAAGGCUUACCCAGAAGUCAAAUCCACCGAUACCCUGGGAUGUUAUUUACACGGUUCAUCAUUCUACCAUUGAGUGCUUCUACUUCAGAAUACUUCUACUUAAGAAUACUUCUGAUGUUGUACAGGGACCUACACCAUUCACGAGCCUGAAAUUGGUGGACAGUCAAGCCAGCGAGACUUUCAGGGGGGCCAGUGAAAUGUGAGGUUUGUUAGAGAGCAACCCGAACUGGGACCUCACCCUGACUGAAGCCACUCUGUCACAGCUGCCAAAGAAAAUUGGACACCUUUUGGCCAUUUUGCCCAUCACCUGUGCCAUAUAUGUCCAUCCCUUUCAGCUUUGGGAAAAGUACAGGAUGAGCAAAGACAUUCUGCACCAAGUGAGGAGAGAUAAUCCAACCCUGACAUUUGACGUCUGUGAUGUCAUUGCAGGAGUUGGAGUGUGUGUGUGGCGAUCUUGGUGGAAAACCUUGAAGAUUUACAGCUUGGCUUGCCUUCCUGAUGAUCCAAACAUUUGCCAGUUGUACCGAGAGGUUCCUCAUGAGUCCAGCUAAAGCCCUGAUGACCUAGUAUCAGAUUCAGGGCCUCUGUAACACGGUUUUUUGGACUUUGCUCCUUAUCAAAGCAUUGGAUGUAGCUGAAAGUUGACAUAGCAUUGGAUGUAGCUGAAAGUUGAC